CCAUGGCACCGAUCCACCUUUCCCGCCGUUUCGUAACCGCUGAGACUUGGGAACAGCCCUCUAUUAAGUAGCAAGAUUGGGGAGAGGCUCUUCCCACUUGGUGAAGGCAAGGCUUCCCGGACGGAGCGACCCCAUCGCAGCCGCAGCCUCGCCAAACCGACCGAGCGAGGCGGCUCCUCUCACCGCAGCCACUGCUGCUGCUGCUACUGGCCGCGCCUUAGCCCAAGGUGCUUGGAGCUCUCCUGGUUCCUGGCCUCUUCAAAAGCGGCAGCCGCAGCAGGGCUCCUCCUCGGGUGGCUGCCAUCCCUGCUUAGUCCCAUCGCCGCCCUCUUUUAAGAAUUAUUCAUGAGGUUGUGAUACACAACAGCAGCCAUGAAGAUAAGGCUCCGUGCAACAGCUGUAGCCGCCCUAUGUGCAGCUCUCUUCCUUUGCGCAGUUGAGGCUCAAGUUAAUCCACCUUCAGACUUGAAAUUUAAAAUUAUAGAUGAAAAUACCGUUCAAAUGUCAUGGGCAAGUCCAUCUGAUGCAAUAGAAGGUUACAGGAUAACUCUGAGGUCUGCGGCUGAUGAUUCAAGUAGAGAAUUUACCUUAGCACAUACGGCUACCCAAACUUUGUUAAAAAACCUCAUAACUGAUACUGAAUACAUUGUGACAAUAAAUUCAUAUAAUACUGAAGAAGAAAGUUUACCUGUCACUGGACAACUUACAAUUCAAACAGAUGGCUUUGUAACAACAGGAGUAAAGAAGGAUGAAGAAAUUAAUUUGCAAAAGUGUUCCAUUAGUGCUGUUACAGAUUUAGUUUUUCUUGUCGAUGGCUCUUGGAGUGUGGGUAGAAAUAACUUUAAGUACAUAUUGGACUUCAUCAUUACUCUUGUAUCAGCAUUUGAUAUUGGAGAAGAUAAGACAAGAGUUGGAAUAGUCCAGUACAGCAGUGAUACAAGGACUGAAUUCAAUUUAAAUCAGUAUUUCAGAAAAAGAGACCUCAUUGAUGCAAUAAGAAGAAUACCAUAUAAAGGAGGCAAUACAAUGACAGGAGAAGCUAUUGAUUAUUUGAUUAGAAAUGCUUUUACGGAGUCUGCUGGAGCAAGAAAUGGCUUUCCCAAAGUGGCAAUUAUCAUUACGGAUGGAAAAUCUCAGGACGAAGUAGAAAUUCCUGCAAGAGAACUUCGUAGCACUGGAGUUGAAGUCUUUUCUUUGGGAAUCAAAGCUGCAGAUGCCAAAGAGCUGAAGUUAAUGGCAUCCCAGCCUUCGUUGAAUCAUGUUUUUAAUGUGGCCAACUUUGAUGGCAUUGCGGAUAUUCAGAAUGAAAUUGUGUCACAGGUGUGCUCGGGAGUUGAUGAGCAGUUGGGUGACUUGGUUAGCGGAGAAGAAGCUUUAGAACCUCCUUCAAAUUUGGCAGCCUCACAGAUCUCAUCAAGAGCUAUCAAAAUCACUUGGGAUCCAUCUCCUAGUGACAUAACUGGCUAUAAAGUGGACAUUAUUCCAAUGAUAGCUGAUGCCAAACAAUUCUCAAUGAACGUAGGACCACAAACUACUGCUUUUAAUAUAAAAGAUCUUUCAGCAGACACAGAAUACCAAAUUAAUGUGUAUGCCAUGAAAGGACUGACUUCAAGUGAACCAGUGUCUAUAAUGGAAAAAACACAGCCAAUGAAAAUUCGAAUGGAAUGCGCACAAGGAAUAGAUGUAAAAGCCGAUAUUGUGCUUUUGGUUGAUGGCUCCUACAGUAUUGGUAUUGCCAAUUUUGCUAAAGUGAAAGCAUUUUUAGAAGUGUUAGUUAAAAGCUUCGAGAUUUCACCUGAAAAAGUCCAAAUAAGCCUUGUGCAGUAUAGCAGGGAUCCAUACACGGAGUUUUCUUUGAACAAAUACAACAGAGUUGACGAUAUAAUUCGAGCUAUUAACACCUUCCCCUACAGAGGUGGAUCUACCAACACAGGCAAAGCUAUGACCUACGUAAGGGAAAAAGUCCUCAUCCCAAACAGGGGUGCAAGACCAAAUGUGGCAAGGGUCAUGAUUCUCAUUACUGACGGAAAAUCAUCCGAUGCUUUUAAAGACCCAGCCAUAAAACUGAGGAACGCAAAUGUAGAGAUAUUUGCAGUCGGUGUUAAGGAUGCUGUACGUUCUGAGCUGGAAGCAAUUGCUACACCCCCUGCAGACACCCAUGUCUACACUGUGGAAGAUUUUGAUGCUUUUCAGAAAAUAUCAUUUGAACUUACACAGUCCGUCUGUUUGCAAAUUGAACAGGAACUUGAAGUGAUUAAAAGAAAAGCUCACUUACCUGCAAGGAACUUGGAAUUUUCUGAAGUUACUUCUAACAGCUUCAAAGUUACCUGGUCUCCAGCAGGAGAAAAUGUUUUGUUUUACCUUAUCAAGUAUAAAGAGGCUAUUGGUGGAGAGGAAGUCAGUGUUUCUGUACGUGCUCCAGUUACUAACACAGUCCUUACUAAUUUACUACCAAAAACUACAUAUUCUGUCAGUGUGAUUGCAGAAUAUGAAGAUGGUGAUGGACCUCCACUGAAUGGAAACGAAACAACUUUAGAAGUUAUAGGAUCUCCACGAAACCUGAAAGUAACUGAUGAAACAACGGAUAGUUUUAAAGUUGGAUGGUCACCAGCUCCAGGGAAUGUUCUCAGAUACAGACUUGCAUAUAGACCGGUUACUGGUGGGGAAACAAAACAAUUAACCGUCCCAGCAAAUGAAAAGGCAACCACUCUAUAUAAUCUGAUGCCUGAUACAACAUAUGAAGUUUCCUUAACUGCCGAGUACUUGUCUGGAGUUGGAAGUCCAUUGGAUGGACAUGGAAAAACUGAAGAAGUGCUUGGAAGACCAAGAGACUUGAAAGUUUCAGAUGCUACAACAUCCUCAUUGAAGUUAUCUUGGAAUUCAGCACCUGGCAAAGUGCAGCAAUAUCUUGUCACAUACACUCCAGUGAUUGGAGGUGAACCUAAAGAAAUAACUGUAAGGGGAGACACCACCAGUACAGUUCUCACUAACUUGGAGCCAGGAACAAAAUAUGAUUUUUCUGUAACUGCCCUUUAUGCAUCUGGAGCAGGAGAGGCUCUUUCUAAACAAGGAGAAACGCUUGAAGAACGUGGUUCUCCUCGUGACCUCAUUACUAAAGACAUCACUGAUACUUCAAUUGGAGUCUCAUGGACAGCAGCUCCAGGAUCAGUUCAGAAUUACAAAAUUUUAUGGAAGUCUCUUUAUGAUGGCCAGUCUGGGGAAACCACAGUUCCUGGAAAUAUAGUAAAUACCGUCUUAAAAAACCUUCAGCCUGAAACGAAGUACAAGAUUUCAGUCUUGGCUUCCUACAGAAGUGGAGAAGGACUACCUCUAGAAGGACAAGCUACAACUGAAAUGUCACCUGAUGCAAGGACUGUUACAGUAGAUGAUGAGAAAGAGACCACAAUGAGAGUCAGUUGGCAACCAGCACCUGGAAAAGUGAUCAACUACCGUGUGGUUUACAGACCCCGUAGAGGAGGAAGACAAAUAGUUGCAAAAGUGCCUCCGACUUCUACCUCCACAGUAUUGAAACGUCUCCAGCCUCUAACUACUUAUGAUAUUACUGUUAUUCCAACGUAUAAAACUGGGGAAGGAAAGCACAGAAAAGGCGAAGGAACAACAGCUUCUCCAUUUAAACCUCCCAGAAAUCUGCAGACUUCAGAUCCUACAAGGUCAAGUUUUCGUGUAACUUGGGAGCCAGCCCCUGGGGAAGUUAGGGGGUACAAAAUAACUUUCCAUCCAAGUGGAGAAAACAGACAACUUGGUGAAUUAGUACUUGGGCCAUAUGACAAUACUGUUGUAUUAGAGGAGCUGAGAGCAGACACUUCCUAUAAAGUCAAUGUAUUUGGAAUGUUUGAAGGAGGUGAAAGUAUGCCUCUGAUUGGAGAAGAAAAGACAACACUUGCAGAUGUUCCAGAUGUGUCAGUGUUACAUGCAGGCUUAGAGUGUAAAACCAGAACUGAAGCAGAUAUUGUAUUGCUGGUGGAUGGUUCUUGGAGCAUUGGUCGAACAAAUUUUAAAACAAUCCGGAGCUUUAUUGCUAGCAUUGUUCAAGUAUUUGACAUUGGCCCAGACAAAGUGCAAAUUGCUCUUGCACAAUAUAGUGGAGAUCCAAGAACAGAAUGGAACCUCAAUGCCCAUCGAACCAAGAAGAGUUUAUUAGAUGCUGUAGCCAAUUUGCCAUAUAAAGGAGGCAACACGCUUACAGGAAUGGCUUUGAGCUUCAUCUUAAGAAACAAUUUUAAGACUGAUGUUGGCUUGAGGCCUGGAGCUAAAAAAAUUGCUGUCCUCCUUACUGAUGGCAAAUCACAGGAUGACAUAAAUAUUCCAUCAGACAGAUUGAAGGAACAAGGAGUGGAGAUCUUUGCAAUUGGUAUUAAAAAUGCAGAUGUGAAUGAACUGAAGCAGAUUGCAAGUGAUCCAGAUGAGACCCAUGCUUUCAACGUUGAAGAUUUUAACCUUCUGGUUAACAUUGUUGAUAGUGUCACGGAUAAUUUGUGCAAUAGCGUGAAAGGAUCAGGUGAUUUGGCUAUGCCACCCACCAAUCUAGUUACUUCUGAAGUGACCCCACUUUCGUUUAGAGUUUCUUGGACUCCACCCACUGAAAGUGUGGAUAGAUACAGAGUUGAAUAUUAUCCUGCCCGAGGAGGGACACCACAGGAGGUCUUUGUAAGUCGUUCGGACACCACUACUGUUCUCACUGGCCUCAAGCCUGAAACAGAAUAUGUUGUGAAUGUAUUUUCUAUAGUAGAAGGUACUAAUAGUGAACCAUUAAAAGGGACUGAAACAACAUUGACAAUCCCUUCAGUGAGAAGCUUGAAUGCUUAUGAUGUCACUUCAAGGACGAUGCGUGUGCGGUGGGAACCUGUAAAAGGAGCGACCGGCUACAUGUUGUUAUAUGAGCCUGUCAAUGCCACAAUACCAGCAACUGAAAAAGAGAUGCGGGUUGGAGCAUCGGUGACUGAUGUACAGCUGGUUGACUUGAUUCCAAACACUGAGUAUACUUUAACAGUUCAUUCAACUUUUGGUGACCUCACUAGUGAUCCACUCACUACUCAGGAAGUCACAUUACCUUUAAGUGGAGUAAAAAGAUUAAGGCUAAAUGAUAUUACUCAUAGCAGCAUGAAAGUCAAUUGGGAUCAUGCUCCAGGAAACGUUCGUAAUUACAUAGUGAAAUAUAAAGCAGCCGAAGAAAAUGAAGUAAAAGAGGUAAAAGUGGAUCCAUCCCAGACCAGCAUAUCUCUUCCUGAUCUUAUUUCAAAAACACGCUACCAUGUAGAACUGGCUGCAGAAUAUGAUGAAGGGCUGUCGGUGCCAGUAGCAGCAGAAGCCACCACCUUACCUGUACCAGCACCACUCAAUUUGAGAACAGAUCAAGUAACCACAACUAGUUUCAGAGGUACUUGGGAUCAUGGAGCACCUGACGUAGCUCUCUACAGAGUAAUGUGGGGGCCUUAUGGUGAACUUGAAAAACAGGAGACAAUUCUAAAUGGUGAUGAAAAUACGCAACUUUUUGAAAAUCUUAACCCAGACACUUUGUAUGACAUCUCAGUUACUGCAAUUUAUCCUGAUGAAUCAGAAAGUGACGAACUGAUUGGCAGUGAACGUACAUUGACCAUUGUGCCUAUAACAACACCAGUACCAACGAGUCCCCCACGGAAUCUCCAGGUAUAUAAUGCAACAUCUAAUAGCUUGACUGUCAAGUGGGAUCCUGCCAUUGGACGGGUACAACGCUACAGGAUCAAUUACCGACCUACUACGGGCGAUGGUGCUGAACUUUCGUCCACAGUAGGAGGAAGCAAGAACAGCAUUGUGCUUCAGAAGCUGAGGCCUGAUACCCCUUACCGCAUUACGGUUUCUUCGAUUUAUGCCGAAGGGGAUGGAGGACAAAUAUCAGGAAGGGGCAAGACUAAACCUCUCAAUACUGUAAGGAAUCUUAGAGUUUAUGAUCCAACCACUAGCACGCUAAAUGUCCGAUGGGAUCAUGCUGAAGGAAAUCCGCGUCAGUACAAGGUGUAUUAUAAACCCGUGGCAGGAGGAACAGAAGAAAUGGUAACUUUGCCUGGGAAUACAAACUAUGCUGUUCUAAAGACUCUCCAGUCCGACACCCCAUACAAAGUAACCGUCGUCCCUGUUUACUCAGAAGGUGAUGGAGGCCGGGUGUCUGAUACUGGGAAAACGCUGAUGAGGGGGACACCAAGAAACAUCCAAGUUUACAACCCAACAACAAACAGCCUUAAUGUCCAGUGGGAGCCUGCACCAGGUCCAGUGCAGCAAUACAAAGUUGUCUAUAAUCCAUUAGCUGCCACAAAGCCACCAGAAUCUGUUAUUGUACCAAGCAAUACACGCAACGUUUUAUUGGAACGUCUGGCUCCUGAUACUCCUUAUUCAAUAAAUGUCAUUGCUUUGUAUGGUGAUGGAGAAGGGGAUCCAAGUACAGGACAGGGAAGAACAUUGCCUCGUAGUGGACCCAGGAACAUAAGAGUAUUUGACCCAACCACAAACAGUCUUUCUGUUCAGUGGGAUCAUGCAGAUGGACCUGUGCAGCAAUAUAGAAUUAUAUAUAGUCCUGUUUCUGGGGACCCCAUAGAUGAAUAUACAACAGUACCUGGAAGAAUAAACACUGUAUUGCUACAGCCUUUGCAGUCAGAUACACCUUAUAAAAUUACAGUUGUAGCAAUUUAUGAUGAUGGAGAUGGUGGACAAGUGACAGGAAAUGGCAAAACAGUUGGACUGCUUUCUCCUCAGAAUAUUCGUAUAUCUGAUGAAUGGUAUACUCGAUUCAGAGUGGCCUGGGAUCCUGUCCCAUCUCCUAUCUUAGGAUACAAAAUUGUGUAUAAAGUUGCAGGUUCCGAUGAGCCCAUGGAGGUGUUUGUUGGAGAGGUGACUUCAUAUACUUUACACAACUUAUUGCCUAGUACUUCUUACGAUGUGAAAGUAUAUGCUCAGUACGAAUCUGGACUUAGCGAACCUUUGGUUGAUCAAGGCACCACACUGUACUUGAAUGUUACAGAUCUAACAAGUUAUAAGGUGGGAUGGGACACUUUCUGUAUCAAAUGGUCGCCGCAUCGGUCAGCCACUUCUUAUAGACUGAAGCUAAAUCCAGCCGAUGGAUCUAGAGGUCAAGAAAUAACAGUGCGUGGAUCAGAAACCAGUCACUGUUUUACUGGGCUUUCACCUGAUACCGAAUAUAAUGCUACUGUCUUUGUUCAGACUCCAAAUCUUGAAGGUCCUCCAGUCUCUAUAAAAGAACGCACAUUAAUCAAGCCAACUGAACCUCCAACAAAACCUCCAACUCCACCUCCACCUCCAACAAUCCCACCUGCUCGGGAUGUAUGCAAGGGAGCCAAAGCUGAUAUAGUCUUCCUGACUGAUGCUUCUUGGAGUAUUGGAGAUGAAAAUUUCAACAAAGUAGUGAAAUUUGUUUUCAACACGAUCGGGGCAUUUGACCUAAUAAAUCCAGCUGGAAUUCAGGUUUCCUUUGUGCAAUACAGUGAUGAUCCAAAAUCUGAGUUCAAUUUGAACACAUAUGAUGAUAAGGCCCAGGCCCUGGGAGCUCUUCAGUAUAUUCAAUACAGAGGAGGGAACACAAGAACAGGAAAGGCACUUGCAUUUAUCAAAGAAAAGGUGCUUACAUGGGAAAAAGGCAUGAGGAAAGGAGUUCCCAAAGUCCUUGUUGUCGUAACAGACGGUCGGUCACAAGAUGAAGUGAUGAAAGCCGCAGCUGUCAUACAGCAGUCUGGUUUCAGUGUAUUUGUUAUUGGUGUAGCUGAUGUUGAUUACCAUGAACUAGCCAAAAUUGCAAGUCAGCCAAGCGAACGUCAUGUCUUUAUAGUUGAUGACUUUGAUGCUUUUGAGAAGAUUCAAGAUAACCUUGUCACAUUUGUUUGCGAGACAGCUACCUCAACUUGUCCUCUCAUGUACUUAGAUGGAUACACUUCUCCUGGCUUCAAAAUGCUGGAAGCUUACAAUUUAACAGAAAAAUAUUUUGCUUCAGUACCUGGAGUUUCCUUGCAGUCAGGAUCUUUCCCAAGCUACGUAUCAUACAGGCUUCAUAAAAAUGCUUUUAUUAGCCAGCCCACUGUGGAUAUUCAUCCAGAUGGAUUAUCAAAGGCUUACACAAUAAUAUUUGACAUACAGAGCUUUGACAUUGUGUGCAAUGCGGUUUGGACCAGCAGGGAUAGAUGCUGUGACAUUCCUUCUAAGAGGGAUGAAGCAAAAUGCCCAUCAUUGUCAAAUGCUUGUACAUGUGUACAAACCAGUGUGGGGGCUCCGGGACCUCCAGGACCUGCUGGAGCUAGAGGUUCCAGUGGUGUAAGAGGUGAAAGGGGUGUAAGUGGACCUGCUGGGCCCCCAGGUGCUCGUGGAGAUCCAGGCCCUCCAGGCCCUCAAGGGCCACCAGGCCCACAAGGAAUAAAUGGGCUUUCCAUCACAGGAGAUCCUGGACGUCAAGGGCCAAAGGGUAACCCUGGAGAACCUGGACUUCCAGGACGAUCAGGAUCACCAGGCCUAAGUGGCCCUCCUGGCGCAAUGGGACCCCCAGGUGACAGAGGUUUUACAGGAAAAGAUGGCCCAUCAGGACCAAGAGGUCCCCCAGGACCAGCGGGUGCCCCAGGAGUGCCUGGAGUUGCUGGUCCAUCUGGGAAACCUGGUGAUCGUGGUUCACCGGGGCCAAUUGGAUUGAAAGGUGAAAAAGGUGACCGAGGAGAAAUGGCUUCCCAGGGUAUGAUGCGAGCUGUGGCUAGACAAGUCUGCGAACAAAUGAUCAAUAGCCAAAUGACCCGAUUUAACCAGAUGCUGAAUCAAAUUCCAAACGAUUACCAGUCAAAUCGCAACCAGCCUGGACCUCCAGGGCCACCAGGUCCCCCUGGACCUCCUGGGACCGCAGGAGAACCUGGAAGUGGAGGCAGGCCAGGAUUUCCGGGCUCACCUGGCAUGCAAGGAUCCCCUGGCGAGCGAGGACUUCCUGGAGAGAAAGGUGAAAGAGGAAUUGGAAUACAAGGACCACGAGGUUUGCCAGGUUCACCAGGUCCACAAGGAGAAUCCAGAAUUGGCCCACCAGGUUCUACAGGUUCCCGAGGUCCACCUGGGCCACCUGGCCGACCUGGUAAUGGUGGUAUCAGAGGGCCUCCUGGCUCCCCUGGAUACUGUGAUUCAUCCCUGUGUGCUAGCAUUGCUUACAAUGGUCAAGGAUACCCAGAGUCCUAUGUACCUGACAGUGGACCAUAUCAGCCUGACAGUGAGGCCUACAUAGUACCAGUGGAGCCUGAAAGAAGAGCUGAGGACUAUGAGGACUAUGGAUCUGAUAUGCACUCACCUGGGUUCCCCGAACACAUGCGCUGGAAACGUUCCUUAUCAAGAAAAGCAAAAACAAAACCAUAAAUGUCUUAUUUUCUCACUUCUCUCUCUCUCUCCCCCCACCUCCCCUCUCCCUUUGGGUAUUUGUUUUUGUUGUUGCCAUUCUCUCAUAUGUAGAUAUGCUAUUCCACCUACCGUGUUUCCAAGCAGAAGUACAACUUAAUCUUCUGAGAAUAUCUGGCGUAUGUGGGAAUAGCAAUAGAUGUUGCUACACAUUUCAUUCUCUCUCUCUCUUGGAAUGCCUGUAAUAUACCUAUGCUUCAGGUGGCUGCGUUAAACCUUAACAAGUGCAUCAAAGUGAUUGCAAGGCUACGGUUCUUUUAAUAAAUUAAAACUAAAACAACCAUAAAAAUCCCACCUUCUUCACAGCUACUACAAGUAAUCUAGAGGCUGUAUAGCUCAGCAACGAAAGGGCUUGGCCUUAUAAUUUUCUUCUUUGUCAAAUCACUUGCUCGGUAAUUCAGUCACUGUUACCAAUCUAUAACAUCUAAUAAAAGAAGAAAUUUGUCUUUCCGCAUAAGCAAUUUCUUCUACUUUUGCAUAUAACUUGCAGGGCAUAUACAGCUUUUAUGCGUCUCUUUUAACAACCACAAACCUUUAAAUGAUAUAGCUGGCAUCCUUGUAUCAACUGGAUACAAUUUUAAAAGAAGUAAUGGCUUAAUUUUCCUUGUUUUAGAGACCUUAACAUUUAUGCCAAAUUGCAGUCAAUCCUGCAGAGAUGGAAUUGCAUGUUUGUGUUGUAUAUUUAGUUAUGAUCCCCCUUCUCUCCAGAAUAUAAUGUUUCAUAGUUAUCAGAAAAAAAGCAGUUGGAAAUUGUUUGCAAGACUAUGGAUAUAGAAUUGCUGCUUUUAUAUUUUAACUGCAAAUUGUGAAUUUCACUGCCUUAUAUUAUUUAUUUCUGAAACAAAAGAGGCAUUUUUCAAUAAAACUACUGAAAAUCUA